GGUGGUGAGGCAGUACCAGGGCAAGCCACAGUUCUGCUGUGAGCUCACAAACAUUCCUUGAGUUCUUAAUAUAGCUCUAAGAGUUCCUUCUUCAGGAAUUGUGCAAGGGAAAAACAGAGGUGUGCAAUUAAAUGUGCUGGGCACAGCACAGUCCCUCCCUGUGUCUCAUUGCCAGUCUGGGGUUGCUGAAGCUGCUUGGGAGAGAUCCAAGGGGAAUUUCCACACUGGGAAACAGCAGUGUGUAUCUGUAACACGUGUUCUGCUGCAUUUCUGAAGAAUGUGGUGUUUGUUCCCUGUGUCUUUAAAGUGUGUCUUUGCAGCUUGGCCCAGGGGCCCCGGCCACCUUUGCUGGGUGCUGCCACACCAUGAACAGGUGGAAUUGGUCUGUCCCUCAGCUGUGCCUUUAAGCAGCUCUGGAGCUCUGCCUGGCAUCCUGGAAGAAUCACAAGUCCACCCAUUUGGAAAGGAAGCAGUUAAAGUAGAAAAGUUUGCCAGGAAAUUGAAUAAACUAAAAGCAGUGCUUAGGUCUCCUGAUGAGGAGUUCAGUGGAGCCCACAGCUAGAGCCAGUGAACAGAGCUGCAGUGUCUGCAGGCUGCUGCUUCCCUCCCACUCCAUUGACAGCACUGCUAAAAAAAAAAGGGAUUGGGCUUGGGACCACAAGCUGGGAGCCAGUGGAGCUCGGUCUGCCAGCAGCACUGCUGGUCCCACUUUUCUAUGUGCCUUUCUGAAUCUCUCUGUCCUCAAGAUGUCUCACCACAUGAACAGCUCCAUGUUGCCAACCUCGCAUCCUCCUGAGCAUCAGCACCCCUCCACCACAGCCUCGGGACACAGCCAUGACAUGAUGAUGAUGGCCAUGACUUUCCACUUCAGCUGUAAGAAUGUGCCAUUGCUGUUCUCUGGACUUACAAUCAAUUCUCCUGGAGAAAUGGCUGGUGCUUUUGUGGCUGUCUUCUUCCUGGCCAUGUUUUAUGAAGGCCUUAAGAUUGCCCGGGAGUGUCUGCUCCGUAAAUCCCAAGUCAGCAUCCGCUAUAACUCCAUGCCAGUGCCCGGCCCCAAUGGCACCAUCCUGAUGGAGACACACAAAACCGUGGGCCAGCAGAUGCUGAGCUUGCCCCACCUGCUGCAGACUGUGCUGCACAUCAUCCAGGUGGUGGUCAGCUACUUCCUCAUGCUGAUCUUCAUGACCUACAACGGGUACCUGUGCAUCGCCGUGGCUGCGGGAGCGGGCACCGGGUACUUCUUCUUCAGCUGGAAAAAGGCAGUGGUGGUGGACAUCACAGAGCACUGCCAUUAGCACUGGAUGUGCCACAGGCCUCUCCACCCCCCUGCUCCCUGCCAGCACAGCCACCUGAGGACUGGAGCAUUCCUAAGCUGCCAAGAGAAUCAUGAUAAAGAAAAUCAACUGAAGUUCACUACAGGUUCCUGGAGGGGUGAGGGGUGUGAGGAGCUGGGACACGCUGCUCCCCUUGACUCCUGAGAGUCCAUGGCAGCCAUUCUUGGCCAGGAUUUGCUUUAUUCUUAGAUUAUGCUGUGAUUGAGAUUAGUUGGCUGACAGAACUGUAGAAAUUAUUUUAAAAAGAAAACAAAACCGUUUUAUUUUUAAAUUGUAAAUGCUCAUCAGUGAGGGUUUAAUGAACAGUAGGAAAAGAUCAGUUGCCAAUUAUGUGUGAAUGGCUGUUUUAAUUUUGAUUUUUUUUUCAAUGUGUACAUAAUGCCAGGGGAGGAGAUUGCCCUGGCAUUGUGGCUUUUGGGGCCAAUGACACCUUUUGCUGUAGGACUCAGCCUCUGAGGAAGAUUUGGUGCUGCACAUCAGACACACUCAGGUGCGUUUGGCAAGGGAAGACUUUGACGCAAGGAUGUGAGCUGUGUGCUUCAGGGAUUGGAUGAACCUGCCCUCCAAGCCCACCAGAGAAUUAUGAGUGUUGUUUGUCUGAUGUAUCCAGCAGCUUUACUCAGCCUCCAGGGAGAGCACUUGAGUUAGGCUGCUUUCCCUUCCCAAUUAUGGAACAGAUAAUAGUUCUGUAUUUACAGGGCAAAAAGAUUCCAAAUAAACCAUUGAAUCCACAGGUA